AUGAGUGGUGAGAUGAUUGAAAGUGCUGUAAAGAGCGGGAAGAUUGAUGUUGGGGAUAACAACAGACGACAAAAUUCAAAGAAAAAAGAAAGUGAGAUAAACAACGUGAAUACACAUAGCAAAUCGAUUACGGUGAAUCAGCCCAGAAAGGUAGUGUCUGGUCAACAGGGUUCAUCAAAGCAAGAAUCUGGUACAAGGCCAGGUAAUGAGAGGCCUCAGUUUACACCCAUUCCUAUGUCGUACAAAAAGUUGUAUCAGAAUUUAUUUAACGCGCACGUUGUUGCCCCAUUUUAUUUGACCCCCUUACAGCCUCCAUAUCCUAAAUGGUAUGACGCAAAUGCACAAUGCGAUUACCAUGCAGGAGUUACGGGGUACUCCAUAGAGCAUUGUACUGCUUUUAAAAAGCUUGUUGAGAAGUUGAUUCAGAUGGGCGUUGUCAAGAUAGAUGAUACAUCAGGUACGGAAAAUCCAUUACCCAAACAUAAUGAUGCAGGGGUAAACAUGGUAGGGGAAGGUACAGGGAAGAAGGUCAAGGAGAAUAUUGCUGAGGUAAAGAUCCCUUUGAGGAGGGAUUGGAAGGAAAUGGUAAGAAGAAGAUUGAUUGUUUCAGAUUUAGUAGAGGGUGGCAAGACCCAAAAUUAUUGUGAGUUCCAUCAGGAGGUGGGACAUGAAAUUCAAAGAUGUGAGAAGUUCAGAGCUCUGGUCCAGACCAUGAUGGAUGUUGGAGAAAUGGAGUUUUUUGAAGAGGAAGAAAGAAAAGAAAAUAUAUGCGCAUCGGAGUCAGAGACGAGGAUUCCGAAGAUAAUCAUCUCGCGCCCUAGGGUUACUGAAGUCAGGGCACAAAUGACACCGAAGAUUGUUAUUCAAAAGCCGGUGAAGUUUUUGUAUAAGGAUAACAAGAAGGUCCCUUGGAAUUAUAAAUGCAAGGUAACGGUUUCGGGGAAAGAAGCUUCAGUUAGGGUUGAGAAAGAAAACCAAAAGAUAGGUUCUUAUACGAAUGCCGAGGAGUACUGUGGUCGGAUAAAUGCUGAAACAGAGUCGGUGGGAGGAAAAGUCCUUGCAGCAGAGCAAAAGAAAGAGAAGAAGGCUGAAUUAAGUGAGUAUAGUGUUGUAGAGCAGCUGCAUAAACAGCCAGCUCGUAUAUCUGUGUUGACUUUGCUCAGAAGUUCAGAGGUGCAUCGAAAUGCGCUAAUGAAGGCAUUAAAUGAAACUUACGUGGCAAGUGAUAUUUCUGUCAACCAAUUGGAUCGGUUGGUCAACAAUAUAAGCGUUGAUAAUUUUAUCUUCUUCAAUGAUGACGAAAUACCAUAUGGAGGUAUGGGGUCCACAAAAGCUCUGCACAUUACUGCUCGGUGUAAAGGAAGCCUGGUGUCUGGAGUUUUAAUUGAUAAUGGGUCUGCAUUGAAUGUGCUGCCCUUAUCUACUCUCAAUAGGCUACCUGUGGAUAGCUCACAUAUGAAAACAUGUCAAAACAUGGUAAGAGCAUUCGAUAGGACGGAAAGGAAGGUUUUGGGGAGGAUUGAGAUACCGUUGCUGAUAGGCCCGAAUACUUAUGAAGUAGAUUUCAUUGUAAUGGAUAUUAAGCCUUCAUAUAACUGUUUAUUAGGCAGACCUUGGAUACAUUCGGCGGGGGCCGUGCCUUCAACGCUGCAUCAGAAGUUAAAAUUGGUGACAGAAGGACGGUUAGUGACAAUAAAUGCCAAGGAAAGUAUUAUUGCGUCAGUGACCAGCAAUGCACCAUAUGUGGAGACGGACGAAGAGGCGGUGGAAUGUUCUUUCCAAACUUUAGAGUUUAUUAAUACAAUAUUUAUUGCUGAGGGGAAUAGAAUUCUAAUACCGAAGAUAUCCAAGACUACAAGAAUGGACCUUCAAUUAAUGGUGGGAAGAGGAGCUGUACCCGGAAAAUGUUUGGGAAGAGAUUUGCAAGGAAGAGUUGAAGCACCAGUGAUGAAAGAAAAGUUUGAUCGCUUUGGUCUGGGUUAUAGACCAAAUGUAAAACAAAGAAGAAGGGAAAUAGAGAGAAGACGGGAGAGAAGAAAGGCACGCCUGAGUGGAAAUGAAGUUAGUUGGGAGCCUAUGGUUUUUCCUCAUAUAUCCAAGACCUUCGUGUCAGGAGGGUUUAUUCAUCCGGAACAAAGAGUGCUUGAGGUGGAAGGUGUUGAAGAAAUAUUGGGAGAUGUUCACAUCAAUGCCCUACACACAGCUGAAAGAGAGACUUGGCUAGAGAUUCGCCCUUACGAGCCUGGAAGUGAUCUGGACAAUUGGACUGCGGAAGAGAUUCCUGUAGUUUUUAGAGCUUGUUCAGAGUCCCCAGAUAUCAAUGAUAUGAGUGACGCUGCUUCAGACUCAGAAUCACCUUUCAAACGAGAUAGAUGUUUAGAAGGAUCACAGAAUUUUGAAGAUGACGUAGACUGCGAUGUAUCUCCGGACUUAUUGAGAAUGGUAGAAGAGGAGGAUAAGCAAAUCUCACCUCAUAGAGAAUCAUUGGAGAUUGUGAGUCUAGAGGAAGGAAAAGAAGUAAAGAUCGGAACUGACAUUUCUGCCAAGACAAGGCAAGACCUCAUUGAGUUACUCCGUGAAUUCAAAGAUGUCUUUGCAUGGUCAUAUCAAGAUAUGCCUAGGUUAAGCACUGAUAUUGUGGUGCACCGUCUUCUCAUAAAAGAGGAUUGCAAGCCAGUUAAGUAUUCAGAAUGGGUAGCUAAUGUUGUCCCUGUCCCUAAGAAAGAUGGGAAAGUGCGAAUGUGUGUAGAUUAUAGGGAUUUGAACAGAGCUAGUCCAAAAGAUAAUUUUUCGUUGCCUCACAUUGAUACUUUGGUAGAUAAUACUGCAGGUUAUUCAUUGUUUUCUUUCAUGGACGGUUUUUCUGGAUAUAAUCAAAUAAAGAUGCACCCAGAAGACAUGAGAAAGACCACAUUUAUCACUUUAUGGGGAACGUUCUGUUAUAAAGUGAUGCCCUUUGGAUUAAAGAAUGCGGGGGUAACUUAUCAAAGAGCUAUGGUAACUUUAUUUCAUGACAUGAGGCACAAAGAGAUUGAGGUUUAUGUUGACGAUAUGAUUGCGAAAUCCAGAACGGAAGAGGAGCAUGUUCAAGUUCUGCGAAAAUUAUUUUUGAGACUAAGAAAUUUCCAGCUCAAGCUUAAUCCAACAAAAUGCACCUUUGGAGCUAGGUCGGGAAAGUUGUUAGGCUUCAUAGUCAGUGGGAAAGGAAUUGAAGUUGAUCCAGACAAAGUCAGGGCAAUAUGA